GCGGCCGGCGGCUGGGAGCGGUGAGGCGGCGGCUGGGAGCGGCGGCCCGAGAGGCCCGGGAGGUGGUGGCCGAGGCCCAGGCAGCGGCGGCGGCCCAGGAGGCGGCGGACGGGGAGCGGCGGGAGCAGGCCCGGCCCGACUCUCCAGCGGCCGCCCGGCUGCAGCAUGCGCGUCCGCCGGGGGCUGCUGCGGCUGCCGCGCCGCUCGUUGCUGGCCGCGCUCUUCUUCUUCUCGCUCUCGUCCUCGCUGCUCUACUUCGUCUAUGUGGCGCCCGGCAUAGUGAACACCUACCUCUUCAUGAUGCAAGCUCAAGGCAUUCUGAUCCGGGACAACAUGAGAACAAUUGGUGCUCAGGUUUAUGAGCAGGUGGUUCGGAGUGCUUAUGCCAAGAGGAAUAGUAGCAUGAAUGACUCAGAUUAUCCUCUUGACUUGAACCACAGUGAAACCUUCCUACAAACCACAACAUUUCUUCCUGAAGACUUCACCUACUUUGCAAACCAUACCUGCCCCGAGAGGCUCCCUUCCAUGAAGGGCCCAAUAGACAUAAACAUGAGUGAAAUUGCAAUGGAUGACAUCCAUGAAAUCUUCUCUAAAGACCCAGCCAUCAAGCUCGGAGGUCACUGGAAGCCUUCAGAUUGCAUGCCUCGAUGGAAGGUGGCGAUCCUCAUCCCUUUCCGGAACCGCCACGAGCACCUCCCGGUCCUGCUCAGACACCUGAUUCCCAUGCUUCAGCGCCAGCGCCUGCGGUUCGCGGUUUAUGUGGUUGAGCAGGUUGGCACCCAACCCUUUAAUCGAGCCAUGCUUUUCAACGUCGGUUUUCAAGAAGCAAUGAAAGAUCUGGACUGGGACUGUCUUAUUUUUCACGAUGUGGAUCAUAUACCAGAAAGCGAUCGGAACUACUAUGGUUGUGGGCAGAUGCCAAGGCACUUUGCAACUAAGUUGGACAAGUAUAUGUAUCUGCUUCCUUACGCCGAGUUCUUUGGUGGAGUGAGCGGCUUAACAGUGGAACAGUUUCGGAAGAUCAAUGGCUUUCCGAAUGCUUUCUGGGGUUGGGGUGGAGAAGAUGACGACCUGUGGAACAGAGUACAGAAUGCAGGCUACUCUGUGAGCCGGCCAGAAGGUGACACAGGGAAGUACAAGUCUAUUCCUCAUCACCAUCGAGGAGAAGUCCAAUUUCUUGGAAGGUAUGCUCUGCUGCGCAAGUCCAAAGAACGGCAAGGGCUGGACGGCCUCAACAACUUGAACUACUUUGCAAACAUCACAUAUGACGCCUUGUAUAAAAACAUUACUGUCAACUUGACACCUGAGCUGGCUCAGGUGACCGAGUACUGAGAUGAGGAGACAAGCUGUGUUUGCU